CCUAAUUAAAUAAAUAGAAUAAUUAAAUAAAUGCACAUGACAUUCCAUCCCCCUUGAAAAGAUUCUUGACUACACGAAUCAGCCAUAAACCAGUUACGUCCUCUUCAACUUGAAUCUCCAAAGAGCAUGCACCACCACCAUUUGGAUGCUAGGCUCCAUUGGCCAAACUUUGCUUCUGCCAUCAAAGGACCCCCCACAAAAUUAUCAGCACCUUUUGCUUCCAAUAAUAAUGGCAGUCUUCCCCAAUGUGACGGGGCAAUUAAGGCUGGACAAACGUUAGGGAAAUUCCACCGAUCAUGAUGAAAAUCACCCAAACACUUGUCCCUUACUUGGCAGGCUACUCUAGCGCACAAUGAGUAGGUAGGGAGCUUGGACAAUGAAAGAUUCUUAUUGUUGUGGUCAUUAUGGAACUCAGAAUGGCUUUGUUGCUUGACGUUGGAUUCUGUAGUCUUGUGGAGACCCAUUUUUAUGGAUGUCUCCCGUACAGUCGAAGCCGCUUAUGAUUUCAUCAACGUGAUAACAAGAGAAGAGGCUUGAGAUUCUGAAAAUUUUGAUGACUGGUCUUCAACGGGGAGGUGCGGCCUGCUCGCCGGCGGCACCGCAGCUGUCACUGGUGGCGCACAUUGCUCCAUUGACGUCACCGGAGGGCCGGGUUGAGAUCUAGCUUUGGCCUGCUCGACCUUCACCCCUUCGUCCAUCUGUCAUUGGUCGAGAAUCGAUCGAAUCUUGCGAUGAGAGCCGCAAAACUCUCCUGCAUCUCCUGCCUGAAGCUUGCGGUCCCUUGCGCAUCUUGCCGAAGCAAGGCUUCGAUGCGGACCAUUCGAGUGUCCAUUGUCGUAGGAUCGGCUGGCUCUGCGGCGAUGCUAUUCGAGGCGAUGACCUGCAGCAAGCUUGCUUCAUGCAGCGCCUCAACUUGGACAACAGCCAUGGUGGGGGUCGAUGGGUGUGGCAUGCUCGCCAGUGGCACGGCGGCUGUCGCUGAUGUGUAGGUUGCUCAACUGACAUCUUGGGAGGGCCAGGUGAAGGUCUGCUACUAGCCUGAUCGCACUUCAAUUUGUCCUUGACGAACUUGAACUUGCUAGUGGCUACUUGUCGUUCUACAAGCUUAUUCUCCAUUGAGAUGGAUCUGCCAAUCUCCCUAUGGAGUUUGCCAUCUCCUUGUCGGCGUGCGAGAAAUUGAUCAAACCUCUUGAUGAGGGCCGCAAAAUUCUUUCUCAUCUCCUCCCUUAAUGCGAUCUCUUGUUUGAACCUCUUUGUGGAAAUAGCUUCAAGGGACUCCAUGGUGAUAGGAUCGGUCGGCUCUGAUACCAAAUGUUA